CGACCCUCGCGCCUUCCGCCUCGUGUGUUUUGCCGCCAUCUUUCUCUUUCGCCUUGAGGUUAACUUUCAGUUGAUACAUUUGAAAUAUGUCGGACGUAGAAAAUGACGACGUGUCACCGGCAGUGGCUGCCAGUGGCAGUAUGGAUGUUAACACGGCGUUGCAAGAAGUGUUGAAAAACUCUCUUAUUCACGAUGGUGUCGUACAUGGUCUUCAUGAAGCUGCCAAAGCAUUGGACAAAAGGCAGGCUAUGCUUUGCAUCUUGGCAGAUAAUUGCGAUGAACCAAUGUACAAAAAGUUAGUACAGGCAUUAUGCAAUGAACAUCAAAUUCCUUUGAUAAAGGUAGAUAACAAUAAAAAAUUAGGCGAAUGGGCUGGACUGUGUAAAAUCGACAGCGCAGGCAAAGCACGUAAAGUUGUUGGCUGUUCCUGUGUUGUCAUAAAAGACUUCGGGGAAGAUACACCAGCUAAGGAUGUUCUUUUGGAAUAUUUGAAACAAAAUACCGUACAUUAAACAAUUUUUAAUAAAUUUACACACAACAUA